UACCGAGCCAGUGCGAACCGGCUGAAUCCCGCCACCGAUUUCUGAAAGCAUGCUAACUGGGGGGUCCCGGGUGUCGGAGUGCCCCUAUCUUAAAGGGGCCGAGGUUGGGCAGGUCCCUCCGGAGCAAGCGUGUCACGGCGAGCCCUCCGGCCUUGUCUUCCAGCUGCGUCUGGACGAAGCCCAGGAAGCGGAGUGCCAGGUCUUGAAGAUGCAACUACAGCAGGAACUGGAGCUGCUCAACGCCUACCAGAGCAAAAUCAAGAUGCAGGCCGAGGCCCAGCACGACCGGGAGCUGCGCGAACUGGAGCAGAGGGUGUCCCUACGGAGGGCCCUCCUGGAGCAGAAGAUCGAGGAAGAGAUGCUGGCUCUACAGAACGAGCGCACGGAACGGAUCCGGGGCCUGCUGGAGCGCCAGGCGCGGGAAAUCGAGGCCUUUGAUUCGGAGAGCAUGCGCCUGGGCUUCAGCAACAUGCUGCUCUCCAACCUCUCCCCCGAGGCCUUCAGCCACAGCUACCCCGGAGCCUCCAGCUGGUCCCACCACCCUUCGGGGGGUCCGGGCCCUCCCUGGGGCCACCCCAUGGUAGGCCAGCCUCAGGCCUGGGGCCAUCCCAUGCAAGGGGGCCCCCAGCCGUGGGGACACCCCUCAGGGCCCCUGCAGGCGGUGCCUCGGGGUGGCUCACUUGGGGUCCGUAACAGCCCCCAAGCCCUGAGGCGGACGCCUUCCGGGGGACGGACUGAGCCGGGCAUGAGUCGCAGCGCCAGCGUCACCUCACAAAUAUCCAAUGGGUCACACAUGUCUUACACAUAAUACCUUCCGUUCGGUGCCCCUUUUACGGGCUGGCCGCCCUGCCGGCACCGUCUGCCCGCCCAAAGGAACUGCCGACAGGCCUCUUCCCCCCCAGGAACCGGUCCCGGGCAAGCGCAGGCUCCGGGUACCGUUCGGUGGGCCUGUCUUGCGCGGCAAGCAUUGCGUUCCGCGUUUGCUAUUUGGGAUGUCAUAGUAUUUGGCUGUAGUGUGGCUCUCUCACCUGACACGCACCGGCUUUAAGGAAGCUCCGUGCGGGCAUGAGGGGUAGGAAUGCCUCCCCCUCUUCAGGGCUGUGGGGAGAGUGGGGUCCCCGCCUCCCCUGCAGCUCAAGGAGGAAGGCGAGAGCGUCCCCCCUUUACCUCCGAGGGUGACUUUGUCCAGGGGGCCUGGAGUCCCAGCUCCCUUUCGCCCGUGUCGGUCUACCUGCCCCCCCAACACCCCCGCCAUGGGGUUCCUUGUAGGGAGGGGCCCAAGCAAAGCAGCUGCCCAGGACCUUGCCCAUCAAAAGAGGCCGCCCCCCCCCCCCAGGCCCGCGGGCUUUUGCGCGUUUUCUGUUGCACUACGACGCGCAGCCUCGCGAAUUUCCGGGCACGCGCGGCGGCUUGGACAGAACUGCACUAGUAAAAUGCACCUGCUCGAACCCCUUUGUGCAGCUCGGCCCCAGGGGCUGGGUGGCGUGCGAGUGGCCGUGAGUGCAUGCGCGCAGGGGAGGGGGAGGAGCCAGGGGGAGGGGCAGGAGAGCCUAUUUUUUCAGGGCUUAAUACUGUGACAUCUCCCCAAAGUUCAGCCUCAGAACUCCGUGCCGGCCCCCCAUUCCCGGCCGGUGCACCUGCUCUCCUUCCGAACCCUCCCGGCCCGCAGCCAACCAUGCUCAGAUGCCAGAGGUUCUUGUGAACGAUGCCAUAAAUCGCCCCCUAAAUGCCGCCGCCAAGAGACCGGGAGUCUCUGCUCCUCCUGACACUACGUUUCCCAGUUUUUAUUGGGCUUGCCACAUGAUUAUUAUUAUUGUUGUUGUUAUUAUUAUUAUUUUUCUCGUUUACACGUCCAACCGCAACCGUUUGUAAGGGUUUGACUUGCCACGGGGAGUUGCGGCUGCUGCUGCCGGCGACUGGAGAGGUUGGUCGCGGGGCAGGGCCGAGUGGGUGCCAGUCCUUGCCAAGCCCGUGUCGAGCGGGCGCCUCGGUUUCUGUGGGCGACUCGGCCUCCGGGGAGCCACGCGGGGCCCGUCGCGGCCCCAGAGGGAGCUGGCUCUCGGUACCUUCUAUGCCACGGCAGGGAAGGGGGCCUGGCUUUUAGCGCCCGUGGGGUCCCCGGGAGCAGCUGGUUCUUCAGCUUGGUCAAAUCGCUACCAGCUGUGCCACCCGGCGUUCUGUUGUACAUUAUUUUUCUUGCACACUUAAAAGCAAACACUAGCUACUAACUUUAGGAUUUGCCUUUUAACACACCUAUAGGGCUCAGAAACGUAAAAGUUUUUUUUUUUUUUAAAUGUCUCCCCGUGACAUACCUGUAUAGAAGAAUAUACUCUCGUACGUGUCACACUUUCAAUCUCUCUUUUUUUAAAAUCGGUGUGACUUUUAAUUUAGCUAAAUUAAAACACACACACACAAACACACCACUCCAGCUCCUUCGGUUCGGCUACAUCUUCCGCCUCCCACCCGCCCCCCCCAUCCCACUUCGGCUUCUGACUGGGGAGCAGAAGGGGGCCUGGAGCCUGGCCUGAAAAAUGGGAGGGGGACAGAAGACACACACACACACACACACCGCUCCCUGAAUGGGGCACAGCUAUAGUGGCCAACAUGGGGGGGGGGGGAAGAGCAACAGAGCCCCCUGACUCGAUGUAAGUCCUUGGGUUGCUGCGAGCUCUCUUUUGGGGUGGGGGUCUGCACUGCUCAGCCAAUGAACCCGUUGCAAGGAGGGAGGGGAGGGGGGCAGUGGCCCCACACACCCAUCGUCCUCGACCAAGGACCACCAAGCCCAAACUCCUUGCCCAGGUGGCAUCUUUAAGGCUUUCCUCAACUCCUCCAGAUGCCCCUUCUGCCACGCGACCUCGGUUAUUUGAGGGAGGGGCCAGCAGACCCUCCCCGACCCAGGAGUUGCACUCUGGACAUGCCCAGCAGCCCCCCCAUC